AUGGUCGCCAGAACAGCGUCAAAGAAGCGCAAGGCGAUUACUCGCGAUGUGGAGGAGGAAGCCGGAGUUUUCUCUGGUGAUGAAUUGAGUGCAGGGAAUCUUGAUGGCACCCUUUCAGACAAUGCCAACGACCUUUCGGAAAGCGAAGACGAUGAUAGCGACGACUCCGAAGUCGAGCUGGUUGACGAAUUCAGCGAUGAUGAUGACGAAGAUGGGGAAGAAGAAUUGGAUAGUGAUGAAAUCCCAUCUGAUGAUGAUCUGAAAACCUUGCCAUCUACCGACGAGCCUAAUGUUCGCAUUGUCAAGGACGCCAAUGGAAACGACCGUUACUUGUACGACGAGAUCAACCCAGACGACAACUCAGAUUUCUCCGAAGCCGAAGAGAAUGCCAACACUAUCGGUGAAAUUCCUCUUACAUUCUACGAUCAAUAUCCUCAUAUCGGUUACGAUAUCAAUGGAAAGAAGAUCAUGCGCCCUGCCAAGGGUGAAGCGCUGGAUGCAUUGCUGGACAGCAUUGAGAUCCCCAAGGGCUGGACCGGUCUUACUGACCCUUCAACCGGCAAACCAUUGAACUUGAGCCAAAAGGAGUUGGAGCUGUUGAAGAAGGUGCAGAUGAACGAAAUCACCAGCGAGGGAUAUGACCAGUAUGAGCCACUCGUGGAAUACUUCUCUGGCCAACAAGAGAUUAUGCCCCUCAGUGCUGCUCCUGAACCCAAGCGCCGUUUCGUGCCUUCCAAACACGAGGCCAAGCGUGUGAUGAAGAUUGUGAAGGCCAUCCGUGAGGGUCGCAUUCUUCCUUAUAAGGCACCCGAGGAGCGCGAGGAGAAGGAUGACGAUCUCAUCAACUACGAUCUCUGGGCCGAUGAGGCUGAACGACCGGAUCACAUCAUGCAUAUCCCAGCACCAAAACUUCCACCCCCUGGCUACGAAGAAAGUUACCACCCACCGGCAGAGUAUCUGCCUGAUAAGAAGGAGCGCAAGGAGUGGGAGCAGACUGAUCCCGAGGACCGUGAGAAGGACUUCUUGCCUAACGAUUUCGGCUCUCUCCGCCGGGUACCUGGUUAUGAGAGCUAUGUUCAGGAGAAGUUUGAGCGUUGUCUGGACCUUUACCUUGCGCCCAGAGUGCGCCGCAGCAAGCUGAACAUCGACCCUGAAAGUUUACUUCCUAAGCUUCCCAGCCCUGAGGAGCUUAAGCCCUUCCCAACAACAUGUGCCACAGUAUUCCGUGGCCACAAGGGCCGCGUUCGCUCGCUCAAUGUCGACCCGACUGGAAUCUGGCUUGCAACUGGUGGUGAUGACGGUACUGUCCGCGUUUGGGAAAUCCUGACUGGUCGUCAGCUCUGGAGUGCCAAGGUUAGCGACGAGGAUGCCGUGAAUGUCGUCCGCUGGCGCCCUGGUAAGGAUGCUGUUAUUCUUGCCGCUGCCGCUGGAGACGACAUCUUCCUUGCAGUUCCCCAGAUUGCCGAUCCUGAAAUUGAGAAGGCCAGUCUGGACCUUCUUGACGCCGGCUGGGGUUACGCAGCAUCCGCCCCUGCCCCUGUCGGGGUUGAGGCAAACAAGAUCAACAAGCCCGUUUCAUGGAUUCGACCCUCAUCUGCUCUGGCUGAUGCAGGCAUCUGCGUUGUCAUUCCUCUCCGCUACGUACCCAAGUCUAUCUCCUGGCACCGCCGUGGUGACUACUUCGUUACUGUUUGCUCGGGUGCUUCUACCCCAGCAUCAGUGGCUAUCUCCAUUCACACCGUCUCCAAGCACCUCACCCAGUUCCCCUUCCGUCGCCGCCUCAAGGGUGGUGGUCCCCCACAGACAGCUCAUUUCCAUCCCUCAAAACCUAUUCUCUUCGUGGCGAACCAGCGUUCCAUCCGUGCUUACGACCUUUCGCGACAACUCCUGGUCAAGAUCUUGCAGCCCGGUGCCCGUUGGAUCUCUUCUUUCGAUAUCCACCCCACAUCUUCCACUGCUUCCGGUGGUGACAACAUCAUUGUCGGUUCUUAUGACCGUCGUCUGCUUUGGCAUGAUCUCGAUCUCUCGCAGCGCCCCUACAAGACUCUCCGUUACCACCGCAAGGCUAUUCGUGCUGUGAAGUUCCACCAGGGUGGCCGCUACCCCCUGUUCGCGGAUGCAAGUGAUGACGGCUCGUUGCAGAUUUUCCACGGCAGCGUCACCGGUGACAUGCUCAGCAAUGCUAGUAUCGUUCCUCUCAAGGUUCUCAAGGGCCACAAGGUUACUGGCGAGCUGGGUGUUUUGGAUAUUGAUUGGCAUCCUCGCGAAGCCUGGUGUGUUAGUGCUGGUGCUGAUGGAACAUGUCGCUUGUGGAUGUAA